UGUUUCAGUUUCUGUGUGUACUGUUGUAAAUAAAACAUAGAAUACGUAGGAAACUCAGAACUCACAAGGAAACAUGCCCGUGUUACGGAAAGCUUUAGUGGCAGUUGUAAUGGUCCUAAUUUUUUCUAUAUUCCUUUCUAAUCUUGUUAGUGUCAUAACUGUAGAUAUUGACCAAGUUCUCGAAAACAACAAAUUCUCAUUCAAGUCCAGGCGGCUGAAAGACAAGGAAAGAGGUGGCACGGAUACUGACACUGUAAUAAUAGGGAACUCGUCCGAAAAUUUGAUGUGGUUUUUGCAGGUGUCAGACAUACACAUUAGUAUUUUCCACGAUGAGACGAGGGUCACGGAAUUUAAAGAGUUUUGUGAUAUUACAGUUGAUGCCAUUAGGCCAUCAGUUGUAUUGGCAUCAGGUGAUCUAACAGAUGCCAAAUCGGAAGACAACAUGGGAUCACGCCAGUAUGUAAAGGAAUGGAUGGUAUACAAAAAUGUUUUAGAUGAAACUGAAAUAAACGAAAAGACGGUGUGGUUAGAUAUCAGAGGCAAUCAUGAUAAUUUUAAUGUCCCAGGCAUAAAGUCAGCUAGAAAUUACUAUCGGAACUAUUCAGUACAAGGACCAGCACACCCAAAGUCUUACUUAUACCGACUGAGGCACAACGGAGACACAUAUUCAUUUAUUGCAAUGGAUGCAUGCCUCGAUCCUGGUCCCCGACGUCCUUUCAACUUCAUCGGUGUGCUGUCUGCCGAGGAGAUAUCACAUGUUAAGGGUUUGGCAGAGGAAGCAUCCGCUACUAGUGAUGCGGUGAUAUGGUUUGGUCACUAUCCAACAUCCUGCAUUUUAGCACCAUCGCCAGGUGCACGAGCAUUGAUUGGUGGACCACCUCAAUCUGUGGCAUACCUCUGUGGUCAUUUCCAUAUGUUGGGAGGUGUUGUUCCAAAUAUGUACACAAUACAAAAUGAUGGCUUUCUAGAACUUGAACUAGCUGACUGGAAAGAUAAUCGCAUAUAUCGUUUAGGUGUUAUGGAUCAUGGGUUGUUUUCUUUUGUUGAUGUUGUGCAUCGAGACUGGCCUGUUGUGUUGGUUACCAAUCCAAAACAUCUCUUAUACACACUACCAGGAAGAGAACCAUUAGAAAGGAUACACACUUCAACACAUAUAAGAAUAUUAGCAUUUUCUUUGGCACCUCUUGAAAAAGUACAAGUUACAUUGGACAAAGAAAUUUGGCAAGACUGUGUACACAUAGAGGGCCCAUUGUUUGUUGCCAACUGGAGUCCUGACAAAUUUAACUCUGGAAUAUAUGAGAUAACAGUUUUCGUUAGAGACACAGAAGGAAGAGAAAAAGUGAUAACUCAGCCAUUCUCAUUGGAUGGGUCCCGCAUGAGUUUCAGACUUCUUCCAAGAAUAGCAUUAAUGUGCAAUGUCAGUGUUGUGUUUCAGUUCUUGUUUGGAGUCAGCCUAGUGAUUUGUAUUGUUCCCCUCUGCGCUGUGAAAAUCUUACAUGUUCUAGUCAAAGCUCGCAGAAUGCGUAAACCCACAUGGAGUGCAUGGUGUUUGCGUAUAUGGGUACAGAAGUUAUGGGUUUUAUCGACUGUAGACCGAAUAUUCUAUCCUUUGGUGAUUUAUCCUCUGUAUUUAACUGUUGGUCCGUGGUCAGUGGGUGAAGUGAUAGAAGGCUACACUGGCGUAAUUUUUGCAUGGGGUAUAUUCAUCAAUAAGAGCUAUCUCCCUGGCUCUUUCACUUACGCUUAUGGAUUUUUGCAGAUGUGUAGUUUUCAGCUUCCACUUACCCUCUUCCUUGCACAUUAUCUGGAAAGAAGGCUUUAUCAUAAAGUCGCAAACAAAUCGUGCACAAUAAUGCAUACAUUUCUUCAUCAUUUCCCAUUUGCUGUGAUAGUGACAUUGCAGAUGAUGUUUGCAUAUUUCUUUUGGCUUGCCUAUGGAACAAUGGCUUUUCUCUUGGGCCCUUUACGUACUUGGUCCGUGAUUUUGGCUCUAAUUUUGUGGUGUUUAGCUGUAAAACUUCCAGACAACUGUCUAAGGGAAGCUGCUUCAGUGUGGAAUAUAAGAAAUAUUCAUAGUGGAGUUGGGGAAAUAAGUGCUACCUGAAGUUAGUUAGUACUUGUACUGCAUGCAAAUGUACCUGUUCACUCCAGAAUGUUUAAUUUAUUCCUCCGUGUAGACUUCUGACUGUGAUUGUUAAGCUUUUAGUGAGUAUACAGUAGAUGCAUUUUAAAAAGUUCCUUUAUAGUAAUUGUUUAAAAGAAAUAAGUUUAAAAGAAAUAAGUAUAUCUGUAUCCAUUCCCGUAUUGUACAAGUAGUUUAUAUCCACUAUAGAUGCUCUGUGUACUUCCAAAGAAUAGCAUUUAAAGAAAGAAUGUAUUUUUGUAUUUUUAUUAAUUUUUUUCCUGCAUGUUGUGGAUAAUGAAAUAUUUUCUAACAAAAUAAUGAAAUAUGUAUUACUAUAUUUAUAAAGUGAUUCCAUUCCUACUUGUGCCAAACAUUUAUUGCUAUUCUGUCUUACUGCGCGAAGUACUGAAUAUAUAAAGUCUAUUUUGUUUGAAAACUUGUUGGACCACAUUUCAAAUGUACUCUUCUUGUAGAAAACUGUUUGUAUCCCUAAAUAAUAUCUAAAUAUGUACCUUAAAUUGGUGACAUUUGUUCAUUUGCAUAAGACAGUUGAUCAAUCAGCAGAUCACAUAUUGCAAUGGAAGACAUCACCAGUUACAUUAGUUGAAGUAGAAAGGAUAGAUAUUACAACAUUAAAUAGAAGAAUUUUGAUUUUUAAUAAUUUAGUGGGAUUGUAUCUGUCUUGUAUAUCCUUAUCUAACAUUAACCUAUAUUUAUGUCAUCUGCUUUGUGCAUUCACUUAAAUGUACUUGUUUGUUUUUAUGUAACUAUCAUUCAUCGUAUUCUGGUUACUCUAAUAACAGAACUCUUUUGAGUGAUUUUUGAGGUGUUCCAUGGUAUAAUUAAUAGACAAUAUUUUUCUUGCUGUCAAGCCAGGUUGACAAUACCAUUAUUGUGCAAUCUGAUCCGAGGUCAAAAAGAGGGUGUGUGUAAGACCAUAGUCAGAAACACCUUUCAAAGAUUAUUAGGUUAUCCGUUUUAUUAUGCACAAAAAUGGAGUCUCAACCUGGCUGAGCAUCCAAAAAUAUACCUUCUGCAAACAACUACACUUUGUUAACUGAGUUUUUAGGUUUCUCCAUCUAACUAUUUGUUAUUGUGUUUUCCAUACUGCAAAUUACAUGAACACAGCAGACAGGUAUGUCAGUGAAAUAUUAACUUUUUGUGUGUACACCAUGACUUCAGUCAGAGAACUGUCUUCAGUUGCAAAUUGUUUUUUAAGAAAUUUGAACAAAUGCUACUGCUGUUCAUAAUUGUGAAACUGAUGGUAGUUGUACUUAUCUGUGAUGAAACUGUUGUGCUUUCAAUGUGUGUUAUUAGUCAUAAGUAUAUGAAAUCAGAUUUUACAUGUAAUCCAAGUACAUUUGAAGAUAAAAUCCUGAGAACUGUAUCAGUAUUGUAGACAGUGAAAUGAGUGCCUGUGCAUCUUAUCUCGUGACACAUGCGGAAAUUGUGCUUUUACUGAGAGCAUGUAUUGUAGCUGUACAUAACUUCUGUUUGUAAUUCAUCAUAUUUUGUCUGUUUCCAUAAACUGAAUGUCAUUGAACUAAAAUGUUAUGUACAUGGGUGUUGGCUGGUAACAAUUAUAUAUGUAUAUAUUUUUGACAUUCU